GCGGUGUUCUUCACAGCGCUAAGAAAGCCUGCGCACAGAAGAAGCGCAAUCGUUCCGUCUGUAAUUGCCUUUUUACAGUCUAAACUCUUUAAUCCCGACUUUACAGGCCUUGGAGCGCAGAACUGCGCAGCUUCUCCGGCUCGCUGCGCUCAGUCUCUCUCAGUUUAUGGAGGGGCUAUAAGAAGAGCUUCAUACUUGUGCAAAAAGAAGGAUCAACUGUGAGAUGGCAACUGAGAAUAAGGUGAUCAGGUGUAAGGCCGCAGUGGCCUGGGAGCCAGGAAAGCCACUCUGUAUUGAAGAAGUGGAGGUUGCACCACCCAAAGCUCAUGAAGUGAGAAUUAAGGUGGUAGCUAGCGGUGUGUGUCACACAGACUGGGCGUACUUGUAUGAGUGUGGUAAAGGAAUGAGGCCCCGCCCCUUUCCUCUGGUGCUAGGACACGAGGGGGCUGGGAUUGUGGAGAGCAUCGGCCAGGGAGUGUGUGGAUUCUCUCCAGGAGAUAAGGUGAUCCCUCUGUUCCUGCCUCAGUGUAAAGAGUGUGAGUUCUGCCUGAGCCCAAAAACAAACCUGUGCUCAAAAAACUGGGAGAAAACUCAGCGGGGUGUUUUGGAGGAUGGUUCGAGUAGGUUCACCUGUAGGGGUCAGCAGUUGUACCAGUUCAUCGGUGUCAGCAGCUUUAGUGAGUAUACAGUGGUGCCUGAAUACAACAUUACCAAAAUCCACCCAGAUGCUCCACUGGACAGAGUCUGCCUGCUGGGCUGCGGAGUGUCCACCGGAUACGGAGCUGCUCUAAACGCAGGAAAGGUUGAAACCGGCUCCUCCUGUGCUGUGUUCGGUUUGGGUGCUGUGGGCUUGGCUGCUGUUAUGGGAUGCAAGGCUGCCGGUGCCAGCAGGAUCAUAGGCAUAGACAUCAACCCAGAUAAGAUGGAGAUUGGCAGGAGGUUUGGAGUCACUGAGUUUGUAAAUCCCAAAGACCACAAUAAACCCAUUCAGGACGUUGUGAUGGAGCUGACUGGUGGAGGCCUGGACUACUGCUUUGAGUGUGUGGGAAACGUGGCCGUUAUGAGGUCAGCAUUGGAGUCCUGUAAAGCUGCAUGGGGUACCUGUGUGAUUGUGGGCUGGACAGAGCUGGAGGAGCUUACGCUGGCACCCAUUGACAUCCUACUGGGACGAACUCUGAAGGGCAGCUACUUUGGUGGCUGGAAGGGUGUGGACUCGGUGCCCAGGCUGGUGGAGGACUACAUGAGUGGCCGGAUAAUGCUGGAUGAGUUUGUGACACACACACUCUCACUGGAGCAGAUUAACCAGGCCUUUGACCUGAUGGUCAGUGGGAAGAGUGUCCACUCAGUGAUAAAGAUGUGAGCUGAAGCUGUGUGCAUUGAUGUACUGUAUCAAAUCCCAGGUUUUCAGCCUUGAGAACGGCAUCAGUCACCAUAAUGACAUGAUCAGUCACCAUAGCAAUGGCAUGUCUGCUGCAGUCCCAGGAAACAGUUCCUAACAUACUACCUCUAUGCAUUUUUUUAAAAAGAAAAUUUUCUAAAUAUAUUAAUAUAAUGUAUAUCUACAAAAAGACCAUGUUGUAGAUUGUAGACACAUUUCUUUCUGAUGAAAACAAAAUAAAAGUACAUGACUUGUAUGACAUGCAACAGGUUUUGAUAUUAUAUUUUGCUAUAUUAAUAUUCAAACAACUUCAUAAGUAUUUCAUUAAGUAAGAAGAACUUAGCAAGGAACGUUUUUGUAACUCUACAUUGUAACAUCACACAAAAACAUGAGUUGCAUGACUAUUUAUACUUUAGGGCUUCUAAAGUGAUGUUUAAUAAAUAAAGGGAGAAUAAUUGGC